UGUUCUGAUAAAAACUUUGACAGAAAUGAAAAACAGCAAUAUAUUUUAUCAAUGUAAAUUAUUGUGUAAACCCUUCAUUCCUUUUAACUAACAGGAUCAAGUUCAAUUGAAAAGCCUGGGAUUUCUUAACUUUGCUUCAAUGUAAAUGAUAGAAGGGGCAAACUUUUUUACAUUGAGUGAAUAUAAAAGUAUUAAGAGUGACAAAUUGCUUCAAUCUUUAAAGUUUCACUAAAUCGUUUUUUUUUAUUUUUUUAAAGUUAAGUCAGUAUUCUCUUUUUUUAGCAUAAAAUAUGGAAAAAGCAGCAAAGACACCGAAAGAUAAUAAAAAGUGGAUUAAUGCUGUAAGAAAGAGAAGAACAAUGUUAGUGACAGCAGUACAAACAUACUGUUAACAUAAAAGAUGAUACUAAUGUCACUUAAACAUUUUAGAUGCUUUAUCUGAAAAUGGAAACUCCAGUUUAACUUUAGAUCAGAUUUUGGCUGUUUAUUUAAACAACACAAGCACCAAUUUAUUUAAUCUUUAACUUCCUUUUUCCACAUUGUAAGAUAGUUUUGCAUAAAGGUAAUAAACUCAUGUUAAGUCAAAAACAACAGGAUUUUGUUGGAGUUUAAACUAAAUUUUUUAUUAAAAUGUUUAAAAAAGAAGAGAUUUUUGUCUUUUUUUAAAAAUAAAUAUAUGAAAACCAAAAACUUUUUAUUAAAAGUAAACUGAAAUCUAAAAUGUUAUCUUUCUGUCUCUAACUGUUAGAGUUCACACUCCUCCUUAUCUGUCUGUCUGCAUUAAACCGCUUUCAGAGGAUUGUUAUCACCGGUGAAAAACACCUAUAAAAAAAUAAAAUCAAAUAAAAAGGAACAUUUCCGUCCCAUCUGUGGACAUUUUCGGGGACCCCUGCUCCUCCUCCUCCUCGCUUUGCUCCUCCUCCUGUUAUAUCUCCAGCUCGCCGUUCGGCUCAUUUGUGUUGCAAAGCGCCGUGCAGACGGCUGCAGGAGAGGCUGCAGCUGCAGGAGAAUUCAGAUUGAGAUCUGAUGGCCAUAAAGCUGGAAGGAACGAGCGAGGCUCAUAGGCCAAAUAAGCCUUAAUGGAAGAGGAGUGGAAACGGCAAGACAAUCUUUGGACCAAAAAAUGAACAUUUUGUUCAUUUUUUAUUUAUCCAUCUAAGAAUCUUGACUGCAAGAGGAGCAUCAAUGUCCUGGACUCAGUAAAUGGAGUUAAAAAGAACAAAUCCAGCUAUAAAGAAGGUGCUGCACAGUAAAAGUCAGAAGGUGAAGAGUAACUCAAACCGAAACAGCUGGGAGAAUGGUGGUUAUCAAGGAGCAGAGGCCCAAGGGAGGCAGGAGGGCACCUGAAGACCCAAACGCACCUGAAGACCCCAACGCACCUGAAGACCCCAACGCACCUGAAGACCCAAACGCACCUGAAGGAGGGUGGGGCUGGAUGGUUGUCGCAGGUUGUUUCCUUGCUACCAUCUGCAUCCGGGCAGUGACCAGAUGUGUGUCCAUGUUCUUUGUGGAGUUCCAGACGCACUUUGAGAAGGAUUAUUCCACAACUGCUUGGAUCCACAGUCUGAUUGACUCCACCACGAUGCUUUGUGCUCCUCUUGGCAGUUUCCUUGGCAACCGCCUCUCCUGCAGAGCGACGGUGAUGCUGGGAGGCCUGUUGUCUUCUGCUGGUCUGGUCCUCAGCUCGUUUGCCUCUAGUGUGGAGUUCCUCUACAUUUCUCUGGGUGUCAUCACAGGUCUUGGCUUUGCUCUUAGCUACACACCAGCCAUAGCUAUAGUUGGAAAAUACUUUGUUGAGAGGAAAGCUUUGGCCUAUGGCAUCGCCCUGUCUGGCAGUGGCAUCGGGACCUUCCUCCUGGCUCCGGCCGUCCAGUUGCUUAUCGAGCAUUAUUCAUGGAGAGGAGCUCUGCUCAUCCUCGGGGGAUUUGUUUCCAACUUGUGCGUUUGUGGAGCUCUGAUGAGACCCUUAAAAGACACAGAAGUUAAAAAGAAGGACUUGACAAACCUGGAGAAGGCUUUUGAUACUAAAGCCGGUGACCAAGUGAAACCAAACCAGCAGCACACACAGGGCUUCAAAGAGUCGCUUAUUUUUACCACGGAAACAUUUCAAAACGUUGAAUUCAGCAAAGACAAACUUCUAGAAAACACAACUCUGUUAAAAGCAACCUUGCACGAUCCAAGAUUUAUAGACUCCAAGCUAGCUGAAUGCAUUUUACUAAGAACAGUGCUAAGCGACACCAAAGAAUCCAUCAAGAGCAGUGAAAGCUUGAAACUGUUGGAGAGCUUGAACUCUAAAAACUGGAAGACUAAAGACUCCAGAUGCAACAAAUCCAGGUCGACAGAGAAAAACCUCCUCACAGAACCCUCAAUAAACACAAAACUUUCAUCCAGAUGCCAGAAUUUCUGUCUUAAAACCAGGGAGGACUUUGGCUUCAUUUGGAAACCCAGUUUUCUCGUCCUCUCCGUGUCGUUUCUGUUUCUGGCGUACGGCUGCAGCUCCCCUGUAGUUUAUUUGGUUCCUUAUGCACUAAGUGUCGGCGUGGACCAUCAGCACGCUGCUUUCUUAAUGUCCACAUUUGGCGUCAGCGGCAUUGUUGGCAACAUCACCUUUGGAUGGAUCACUGACAGGAAGCGCCUGAGGAAGUAUCGAAUGGCGUGCUACAUGCUGGCUAUUGGCAUGGAGGGCCUUUGCUGCAUGAUCAUUCCCUUUCUCCACUCCCUGCCACUCCUGGCUCCGUUAUCUGCACUCUACGGAUACUUCGAUGGGGCGUAUGUGGCACUAAUACCAGUUGUGACCUCAGAUACCGUGGGCUCCACCUACCUCACCUCUGCUCUCGGUGCAGUCUACUUCCUGCAUGGCAUACCUUACCUACUCAGCCCACCUAUUGGAGGUUGGCUGGUGGACCACACGGGAACCUACACAGCAACCUUCUUCCUCAGCGGUGCCUCCUUCAUGCUCAGCUCCUCACUCCUGGCAGCUGCUGUGUUUGUCAGAUACGUGCUGAUGAUGUGUGAAAGGACAAAUGCUCAAAAGGAGUGCACACAAAAACUCAACCUGUCUGACUUUCUACCUUUUUCUACUAAAAAGAAAGAAAUAAACAGACUUUAAACUUG